CGGCGGCGGCGAGGCCCGCGCGGGGGUCCCCCUUCCUGCCCGGAUUGGUCGGCGGCCCCUUCUCCCUGGGCGUCGAAGGAGGCUCUGAUUGGCCGCUCCAUCUUGUCACUCGGGCGAGGGCCAAGUUCUACCGCGGGCUGGGCGUGCGGAGGGGGAUUGCUGCUGCUGGUGGUGCAGCUGCGGCGAGAGCGAGCAGGACCCAGAGCCCGAGCCAGAGCCAAAGCGGGCGGAUGGAUGGAGGCGUGAUGCUGGCGAAAUGGGGAGCCGGGCAACAGAGGCUGCGGGGGCUCCGCUGAAGGCGCGGCGGGGGCUGCCAAGGCGACGCCUCCGCUUGAAUAGGAAGCAGUUCUUUCACUUGGAUUGUGGGCUGUGGUGAAUAACUUAACUAUAGAUGCUGCAUUGAGGAAACAACUGAGUUGCUGAGAUGGACAUCCUUUGCAUAUAAAGAAUAUCUUCACAAACUGGCUUGUAAUAGGACAUGUGACCAUCCUACCUUUUUGUGGUAUUGAUAGAUCAGGAGAUCCAAUGAAAAGGUUCGACAACAUGCAGCCCAAACAGCUUUGGUGUUGAGUGGGGAAAACCCAGUCAAAUUCAGCAGAUAAUGAAGAACUACUACAAUACAGAUGAGAUAGAACCAUGCCAAAAUAUCCAAAAACAGAAUAGAAACAGAAAAAACAGAACAUCUUGAAACGUUGGAUCAAAUCUUGAGCAAGGACAUCUAUUAAUCACAAUCCAGAUUUCAAGAUGGCAGCAGCUGUGUCAUGGACAAUUUAAUGUGAAAACAAGUCAAAUGAUGCACUUCUGAAAAAAAGGCGGAGGGAGACAAAGCAUUACCAAGGUUAUCUUUUAAUCUGCUGUCAAUUGGGGAUUGGGAACAGACUCCGUUUGAUGCUGCUGUUUGUAUGACGAAUGAAUCAGAAACAACACCUCCCUUCAGGCUGCUCAGAUCAAACUUCAAAAAAGAUCCUCAACCUCACACCAGAUGCUCUUUCAACUGGACCAUAUUCUUGAUCACAGACCCGUUUUUCUCAUUUCCAAAUCUAAAUAGCACAUCACCCCAGGCCAUGGAGGCUCAUGCCAAUCAAGUGAAGAAACACCAUUUGGGCUUUAAAUCAUUUCAGUGGUCUCCAUGAAUAAGUAUGCUUUUCUGUGUCGAACUUUAAGGCCCGGAAAAUAACAUGCUGCCUCUGUGGAGCCAAGCGGUGGUAAUGGUAAAGUGGGUACUCAUUCAUUCUGCUGAAUAGAAGAGCACCAAGAACAAUGGCUUCCAAAGUCUCGUGUUUGUAUGUCCUGACAGUUGUGUGCUGGGCGAGUGCUCUUUGGUACUUAAGCAUAACUCGUCCCACUUCAUCCUACACAGUUCACAAAACAUAUGACAGCAUCUCAAUGGCUAGAAAAAACGUCUCCUUUGGCAAUAUCAGGACUCGGCCAAUAAAUCCCCAUUCGUUUGAUUUCCUCAUAAACGAGCCAGAGAAGUGUGAGAAGAAUGCCCCCUUUCUGGUCAUCCUCAUCAGCACAACGCAUAAAGAAUUUGAUGCCAGGCAGGCCAUUCGAGAGACCUGGGGAGAUGAGAACAACUUCAAAGGAAUUAAAAUCUCCACUAUUUUUCUUUUGGGGAAAAACACAGACCCUGUGUUAAACCAGAUGGUGGAGCAAGAAAGUCAAAUUUUCCAUGACAUUAUUGUGGAAGAUUUCAUUGACUCCUAUCACAACCUGACUCUGAAAACUUUAAUGGGAAUGCGGUGGGUGGCUACCUUUUGUUCAAAAGCCAAGUAUAUCAUGAAAACAGACAGCGAUAUUUUUGUAAAUAUGGACAACCUCAUUUACAAAUUGCUUAAACCCAACACUAAGCCAAGAAGGCGGUACUUCACUGGCUAUGUGAUCAAUGGAGGCCCAAUCAGGGACGCCCGUAGCAAAUGGUACAUGCCUAGAGACUUGUAUCCUGACAGCAACUACCCACCGUUUUGCUCAGGCACUGGCUACAUUUUUUCUGCUGAUGUGGCCGAAAUGAUUUACAAAACAUCUCUCCACACUAGACUUCUUCAUCUUGAAGACGUGUACGUGGGACUCUGUCUGCGGAAGCUUGGCAUCCACCCUUUCCAAAACAGUGGCUUUAAUCACUGGAAGAUGGCAUAUAGCCUGUGUCGAUACCGGCGUGUUAUCACAGUGCAUCAGAUAUCGCCUGAGGAGAUGCACAGGAUUUGGAAUGACAUGUCAAGCAAAAAGCAUCUCAGAUGUUAGGACUUUUCAUAGAUGUAAAUACUUCUUUUGGGUUUUUUGUUUUGUUGGUUGUUCUUGUUUUUCAUCUGAGUAUAAACAGAUAUAAUUCAGCAAUGGGAAAUUAACUUCCAGGAGGGGAAGGUCUUUGAUAUGCUUUGCUUGGUUGGUCUUGGGAGCUUCAACCUCUGGUUUAUAAAUGGUAGGCUUUGUUCAUAAUAUCAUCUGUCUUGUUCAGUGUCACGGCAUCACAUAAGAGAACAAAUGACCACAAGAAGUUCUCUAAUCCAUUCCCAUGCUGUCUCUGGAAUAGGAACUGUCUUCUUAGACUCGGGUGGCUAAUUCAAAUGUCCAAGUGGCUCUUU